UUCCACCUUCGAUCUCUUCUAUCUAGAGACAUGAACGUUCCGACAUUGGUUCUUCCGGAGGACGAAGGCUCGGCCCAGACCUCUAUUACGUCCGCUGCAACAACGCCAAACCACCAGGACUCCGGAAAUGUUGUUGCUGGCGCUGGAAAUGCCACCGAAAAUGCUACCAAUUCCGUCGAUAGUGAGUCAGCUAUUUGCAGAGCCUUGGGUCCUUCUUGUUCAAGCCAUCGACCUCUUAUCAGAAGCGAUCGCUGUGUUAUUACCGUCUCGGCGUAGCGCCGCCGAAGGAUAUUUCCAUGACACGAUUCCUUCCUUCGCUUCAAGCUUGACUUCGCCAAGCUUCGUGCCAGUAGCGACCGAGCCUCCUGCUUUCCCAGAACCAGCCUCGGUCGACGAUUUCCUCUUCGAACUUGAUGAGGGAAUCGAGCCCUCACUCGAGCCUCCCCUACCCGAUGACACAUCUUCUAAAACGCUUCGUGACCGACUUAGCAUCCCAUUUCCCUGGUCAACACCCACUUUAUCCGAUGGUUCAUCCACAAUCGCCCCAUCUUUUACAUCGUCUUUAAGGAAGAAAGUUGCAAGCAUUGCAUCGGCAGGCGCUUUCUUUGCCGAAUGCUUGGACUCGAAGCCAUAUCGAAUUUUUUCUGUCCGAACGUUCUGCGAAAGCUUAUUCAACAGUCGUCGUGCUGCUAAUGCCAGGAUCGUGUCCAUCCAACGAUAUGGCGAUCUUCAAGGGGUGUCGCAUCGAUUUCUCAUCCUGCAUGUCACUCGAGCCGACGGAAGGGAAUUCUAUCUUCGGUUGGAUCGCAGACGGGACCACAAAGUCCCGUUGUGGUUGUUUGGAGUACGGGAUUUGGGAACGUCACACGCGAUAGAUACGGCUGCUGUUUCUGGUAGACUCGACCACCUCCUUGACUUCACUAAUAAGAAGUCGGGCGUAGAGGCCAUCAUGAUCUUUCCCACUCCCGUUCCUCUGGUCGCGGCUGCGCAAGUUCUGUACGCAAUCGCAGCAGAAUCUCCUGGUUACAAGCUAACCAAAGAAAAUUGUUGGUUUUUCGCUUCCGUCAUUCAGGAAAUGUUGCUGCGGAGGUUCGGGGCAAAGUAUGCGAGAGGGUCUCUUAACCAUCCCACAAUCGGUGCUGAGAGACGAGACCGCAUCACAGUUCUGACAUAUUCGCACAUUGCCAAAGACAUUAAUGCCAAUCCAGAGACAAUCAUAAAAUUCGCUGAUUUAAUGGUAGAUUCAAGGCUAAGAAAGGCUGUCAAGUCUGUCCUCGAUACUGUAAAACAGCAUCAUUCCGGUUAUCACAGUUCCCCACCCAACGCAUUCCAAAUCUCCACAUCCACUCAAGCUCUCCUUGCCGCAUUGCAACGGAAAUUACACGAAUACCUACAUGGACCCAAGGCGCACGGAUCUUCCCAAACGAUUUCACCGAGUUAUUAAAUUAAUUGUGAACGGCCUAUUUUAUGCAACUCCCGCUAACUUCCUGUUUUCUAGUAAAUUAGUUCAGAUCCUCCCAUCAUGGGAACAACUUCAAGAUAAUCUCACCACUCCAAUAUCGAGUAUCAUACACCUCUUGGAAUCAUCUCUGCAAGAUGCUCUUGCACUGCAUCGCCCUUCCUAUGAUUUGCUCAAAAGUGACCUGGAUCCAUUUUUUGAGCUCUCUCCGGGGAAAGACACAGUGCUUUUCGCAUUGGAGCUGCUUGGGCAAUGUGCAGUGCUGGAUCAGUUGCCAACGCUAUGGCAUUUCCAACUAGAUGCAGAAAUUCCUGAUCUCCAACCUGAGUUUGAGUGGCUGAUGACGACGCAGCUGAACUUU